CGCCGCCGGUGACACGAGCAUGACGUCCGUCAGCCCCGCCGCGGAGGAGGCGCCGGCGCCGCGCCUCUGCCGCCUCGUCAAAUGGUCCAGCUUCCAGGGCUACGGCUUCAGCCUGCACACGGAGAAGGCGCGGCCCGGCCAGCACAUCGGUAUCGUGGACGCCGGCUCGCCGGCCGAGGCGUGUGGCCUGCGCGAGGGCGACCGCAUCCUGGAGGUGAACGGCGCCGCGAUCGCCGGCUGGGGCCACACGCAGGUGGUGGACGGCAUCAAGGCCGACCCGGAGCGCGUCAGCCUGCUGGUGGUGGACGAGACGACGGCCGAGUACUACGCCAGCCGCGACGUCACCAUCACCGGCACCAUGCCGGGCGUGCUGGUGACGUCGGCUGCCGGGCGCGAGCCCGCCGGCGCCGCGCAGGAUCAGUCGUCUCCGGGAAAGAGCCCCGCGAAGCCAGCGAAGAAAAGGCCUGUCAUUCCCAUCCCUCCAGUCGCGCCCAAGAUAGAAAUCACUCCCGACAAAUCACCGAACGGAGACGCCGAGAAGCAGGAUGACGUCAAAGAUGACUCGCAGUCUGAUCAGGCGGCCGAGGUCGCCGCAGAAGCGCCGGAGCCAGUCCCAGACACUGCAGUCAAGAGCGAGCAGGCCACAGACAGCGCAGAGAUGUCGGACCAAGCGUCCGACACGCCAUCCGAUGUCGCCGAGCCUUCGGCAGCGGCCUCCGAACAGUCGCCGGAGGAGUCAGAGCCUGCUCCAGGGGUCCCCGAUUCCGCACCAGAGGUCCCCAAACCGGCGGCGGACGUCACUGACGGCCGUUCAGAGCCAGAGGUCACCGUGGAGGUGAACUGCGAAGCCGAAGUGCAGGACGAGAAAGCUGAUCCAGACCAGACCCUGGUGUCGACCGCAUCAACAGCCGUGCCCGAGAGUACGACGCAAAUGAAAGAAGAACCGGAAAAGGAAGUGGACUCCCAGCAGCCAGCGGAGGUGGCCAAAGAAAAACCCUCCGCUGCCGAGGCAGAAGAGACACCGGAACCCACCAAGCCGCUAAAAUCGGAGGAAGUGUUUGAAGCUGACAAGCCAGCUCCGGAGGCAGAUCUAAAAGAAGCGCAGGAGACCGCCGCCGAAACGGUCGAGUCGGUCAGUCCGCCAGAGCCGCCGCCGGCCGCCGACCAGCUCGUGGUGGCCCCGAGCGCCUCGACCGAAGACGAGGCGACCAGCGAGCCCGUGUCGUCGGAGUCUGUGCCGCCCAGUGCCAAGACGCCGGAGCCGGCCGAGGCGGAGCCGGAACAGGCUCCCGAGCCUGCGAGGUCCGAGCCGGAGCCGGCGCCAGCGGACGUGAAGGUGGAGCCGCGGGAGCCGACGGAAUCAGACGCACCCGCGCCGCCCGAGGCGCCAGAGCCGGCCAAGAGCGUGGCAGAGAAGCCAUCUGAGCCAGAGAUCGCAGAGGUCACGCCUGAACCCAUCGCACCGACGCUGGAGGUGAACAAUGUGACUCAGGAGCCAGAGAAGCAGAUGGAGACAGAGCAGCCAAAGGAGAUGGCGGCACCGGAGCCCGCCACCGAGGACGCGCACGAGCUUGCUGAGCCCGAAUCCGUCGCCGCUGAGGCAGCCCCCAGUCCUCCCGAGGCGGCCUCCGGUCCUCCCGAGGUGAUUUGUAGUCCUUCUGAGGCGGUGUCCAUUCCUCCCGAGCCGGUUUCCAGCCCUCCCGAGCCGGUCUCCAGUGAGCCAGAGCCGGUGCCGGCCGCGGCCGCGCCCGCGGUGGCUGCGCCCGUCACUUCCUCCCCACCUGCCGACAAAGCUUCCGUCGAGUCAGCCAGCCCCGUCCCACCGGCCGUCGAGACACAUGAGUCGGCCGACGUCGAGGCGACGGCCGACUCGCCCAGCACGCCAGUGCAAGUGGCGGAGACGACCCCCGCCGCUUCCAAGCCUGGGAGGGCGGGCACCCUGGAGGACGAAUCGUGGAAGAACCUGACUGUGGCCGAGAUGCGCGAGCGGCUGAAAGCCAAGAAGCGCCACGACCCCCGAGACGACCACCUCUCUUUCAAGCGCCGCCACGAGAUCGUGUCCAACAUGUAG